AUGCCUAAAGACGUCUCUUCGACGGUGAGAUACCAACAGCUAUUCCGGGCUGAGUCUCGCGAGCAGCGUCGUUACCACCCUUACAAGCAGCGCCAGCGUGCUUGCUACAAUUGGGAGGACGACGCUGUCUCUACUACAACUGCCACUUGGCUCCGAGUUCCGGAGCCUGAUGUUGAUGAGGAAAAAGAGGUCAGUCCCGUCGACAAACCCGACGCUCGAUUCGAACCGACGGAGAAUCUUGCUACCGCGCCAGAUGGCAAUCUCCUUAUCCAGGCCGACACAUAUGUCAUCGCGCAGGCCGUCGAGCUCCCGCCCGACCCAGACAAGAGCAUCGACGUUCAGUUCGACGUCAAGAGCCUCGAGGUCAGGAACGUCGGUUGGAACAGUGAUCUCGUGCAGCUUCCUCCAACCCGUCGUGAACGGCCUCUCGAAUGA